GUCUACGAAAUUGUGCGUUGCCCUGUUGUGCGUGCACCAGUGCAGGAAGUUUCUGACCACCAAUUUCCAAACAUUUCCAUGAAAUGCAAAAUUCUCCCUUUUAUAUUAUUAAACAAUUGGCUCAGUCCUUACCUCUCAAUCCGUUUAAACGACGUAGAUUUUCCAGUGAUUUACAAUGUUUGAAAAACACUCGCUAUAAAUGGAGUUUGUAUGAUAAAGGGUAUCUUGAAUAUCACUUGUGAAAUUUUUAAGGAUAACUGAUAAUGAUCCAGAUAAAACGUCCAUAAUUUUAUUCCCAGGACAAGGAUCUCAUUUUGUCGGGAUGGGUAAAGAUCUUAUAAAAUUACCAAAGAUAAAGCAAAUGUUUCAAUGUGCUAAUGAAAUAUUAAGAACCGAUAUUCUUCGUACUUGUCUUGAGGGUCCUGCUUCGAAAUUAUCGAAAACCAUCCAUUGUCAACCUGCUACUUUCAUAAUUUCCCUAGCAGCCCUUGUGAAGCUUCGAGAAGAAAAUGACGAGUUAAUUAGGAAUUGCGUGGCUACAGCAGGGUUUAGUCUUGGCGAGAUCAGUGCUUUAGUGUUUUCGGGUGCCCUGACAUUUGAAGAAGGUCUGCACAUCAUUCGUGUCCGAGCAGAAGCCAUGCAGAAAGCUUGUGAUGAGAAAGCUGGAGCAAUGAUGACCGUUUUCCUUAAUCCUGGAUCCCCAUUAAAUCUUGGAAUAGCAGCAGCUAUCAAUCAUUGUGAGGUUCGCCACAAUAUCCAAGACCCUUGUUGCAAAAUCGCUAAUUAUUUAUAUCCAGAUUGCAAAGUUAUCGCUGGAAAUAAAGAGGCGAUUGACUUUAUUGAAGAUAAUGGUAGUCAAUUUGGAAUACGUCGAACUAAACGCUUAUCAGUCAAUGGAGCUUUUCAUACUCCUCUAAUGUCCUCUGCCCGGAAAGUAAUUGCUAAUUCAUUAGACAGGAUGGAAGAUUUUCAGGAGCCCUCGAUACCUGUUAUUAGUGCUUUAGACGUGCUACCAUAUAGAAGUACAACGAAUAUUAAGCGGAAACUUGCUAUGCAGAUUGUCCGUCCUGUAAAAUGGGAACAAACGUUAUACGCACUAUAUGAUCGUCCACUAGAUGUCCCUUUCCCUCGCACAAUUGAACCUGGUCCUGGUCGUCAACUUGGUGCUAUGUUGAGAAUGGUCAGUCGUAGAGCAUUUGAUGGUUACAAUGCUGUGGAUGUAUAAGCAUAUCAUCUCUAGUUUGCAUUUAAUUUAUACCCAUGUAUAUACUAAUAAACUUGUACAGUUAAUUGAAAUAUACAGAAUAAACUUGAGAAUUUUAUUUGGGCAUAAAUAAUUUAGCAAUGUAAUAUUUUUUAGAAAUACAGUUUAUUCAUGAUUUAUUUUCCUUUCGCCUUUAUAAGUUACGAUAUUCUUUUCAGUUUCCCAUAUUUUAACUUUGUAAAGUAAAUGAUUUGGGAUAGCGUUAACCAACUGUGUCCAUAUGAAGACUGCUAAGUUUUCUGUAGUUGACACAAUACUAUUCUUUUUAAAGUAUUCAACAUCUUCAUCAAUAUUUUUAUGGUCUAAUAGGUCAAGAACAUGUUUUUGAAUGAUUGAUUUCAAGUCACUUAUGUUCAUAACCAUACCAGUUCUCUGAUCUAUAGGUCCUCGUACAGUGAUUUCUAGUUUGUAAUUAUGACCAUGUCCCAUAGGAUUGUUACACUUUUGAAAUGUUCUAACAUUUUCUUCAUUACUAAGAUCACGUGAAUGAAGACGAUGACAGGCGGAGAAUGAUUCUACUCUAGUGAGGUAACAUAGAGUACUCAUCUGUGAAGUAUUGCAUGUAUAUAGUC